GCAAUAAUCAUCACAAAAAUGGACUUGGAAAUAUCUGAACAAGCUUUGCUCGGUUUACAGCAACUUUAUUCCACAAUUUCGCCUGAAGUGAGCAAAAAAGUCAUUUACAACUCAGUAAAACAAGCUUUAACCACCAAACCUUACAUUCCAUACAAACAAGAUCUAUACGCCUCCUGUCCCGAUCGCAUCAAACAAGCCGAAGUCUGCGUUCUCGUACUUUUCUUCCAAGCUGUUCGCAAAUCCGCCAGUAUUGAAGAUGUUCGGAGUUAUUUGACAGGAAAAUCAGUAAAAAAUGAAUUAAUUGACGAGCUCGUGGUCACUUACAAACUCCACAAAGACGAAUUUCGUCAAAAAUCCUUAACUUUUGCGCCGAAUUUCCUGCCUUACGUGAAUGAUGUGGCUUGGCGGUUGGAUUGUGAUGUCGCCAGUAGUUCUUUGUCGAAGCCCGGGGACAUUAACUACAAAAUUCAGUUCUUGGGAACGAAUUCCAGUAGCAAGGAGGAAGUUGUAACCGAGUUCACAUGCAAUCCAGAAGAGCUUCAAGCGUUAAUUAAUAAGUUGAAGGAGAUCGAGAGAAGCUGUCGUCGCGUGGCAUCGAACAAAAUUUAAAAUUUUUCACAAUUUUUUUAUUCAAUAUAUAUUUUUCACUAGAAUACAACAGA